GUCCGCCCUCCUUUCGGCUUGUUUGGCCGUUCGAUCCGGGGGGCCGGUGUUCGGAACUGAGGAGUCCAGCGGCGCCUAGAGCCGGGUUUCGGGUCCGCGAGGCCGCACCAGGUUAUGAGCCUCCAUGAAUACGAGGAAACGCCACGGCUCUAGAAACACGGAGCAGGGUGUUUAUCUGGGGCCUUCCCAGACACAAGUUCUGCCCCCGCUCGGUGCUGCCCCCGCCGUCACAAACCAGGUCGCGCCUCCUCCGCCCAGGUGGGACACCAUGUCGUGUCAAGAUCGCACCCAGGAGUUCCUCUCUGCCUGCAAGUCCUUGCAAAGCAGACAGAAUGGCCUUCAGCUGAACAAGCCAUCGCUGAAUGCCGUGCGGCAAAGAAGUGAAUUCACGGUCAUGGCCAAGCGGAUUGGGAAGGAUCUCAGCAACACGUUUGCCAAGCUAGAGAAGCUAACCAUCUUGGCCAAGCGGAAAUCUCUGUUUGACGACAAGGCGGUGGAGAUCGAGGAGUUGACCUACAUUAUCAAGCAGGAUAUCAACAGCCUGAACAAACAGAUUGCCCAGCUGCAGGAGUUUGUCAAGGCCAAAGGCAGCCAGAGUGGGAGGCACGUGCAGACUCACUCGAACACCGUGGUGGUGUCACUGCAGUCCAAGCUAGCAUCCAUGUCCAACGACUUCAAGUCGGUUCUGGAAGUACGGACAGAGAAUCUGAAGCAGCAGAAGAGCCGGCGAGAACAAUUCUCCCGUCCCCCCGUGUCCGCCAUGCCUCUCUCUGCCAGCAACCUAGGCGGCUCAGCUAUGCUUCAGGACGAACCCCGGCACUCGGGAGAUGUGGCUAUCGACAUGGACAACCGGACCAGCCAGCAGUUGCAACUCAUCAAUGAACAGGAUACAUAUAUCCAGAGCCGGGCAGACACCAUGCAGAACAUUGAAUCGACUAUUGUGGAACUGGGCUCCAUAUUCCAACAGCUGGCACACAUGGUCAAAGAGCAGGAGGAGACCAUCCAGAGAAUCGACACCAACGUGGAAGACGCCCAGCUGAACGUCGAAGGCGCGCACACGGAGAUCCUGAAAUACUUCCAGUCUGUCACUUCCAACCGGUGGCUGAUGGUGAAGAUCUUCCUCAUCCUCAUUGUGUUCUUCAUCAUCUUUGUGGUGUUCCUGGCCUGAGGGUGGAGGCGCCUCCAGGCGCCCGCCCCCUUCUCUCCCCCCUCUCCUUCCUCGGAGCCGCGUCGGACGCUGGACCGUUUUGCUCUUUCCGCAGCCGGUGCUGGCGAGGGCCGCCCGCCUUGUGCCUGGCGCCAAAGGGGACCCGUCCUCGCUCGUUGUGACUUUGUGCGGCGGCUCUUGGCCUGGAGCGGGGGCCGGGCCCCACCCUGACAACAGUGCAAUAGCAUUUGGACUACGCUGUGAAGGGCUUUGCCCCACCCCACCCCUUCCCAAAUGGGACAUGAUCCGGGGGGUGUAGCGGGACCAGGAUUUUGCAUCUCUUUCCCUAUUCUAUAUAUUUGCCCUAAUCCUGGGACUCAAAAGUGCUAACAGAACCUCUACACUCUCUCUCUCUCUCUUUUAAAUUAAUACUAUACUAAUGUAGGGUUUCGCCUUCCAGCACUCAUCAUCCAGCAGGCCUCCCCCUUGCUACAACAUGUCAGGGAAAGAGCUGCGUUUCUCAAGUCCCAAGGCCGCCCUGGCCUGUGCCUUUUGCCACUUCCAGAGGGCUGUCUAGGAUUCUCUCUCCACCUCCCCCCAAGUAUAGCCUAUUUAACUCUCCUUUCCUUGCGGCUCCGGUGGUGGGGAGCUCCCCUGUUCAAGGAAAGUCAGCCCUUGCAACCCUGAAGUAGCUCUUUGAGUCAAUCUGGCUCUCUGUCUGCAGCGGCAGAAAGGUGGCUUCUCCGCCACCCCUUUUUUUGUAUUUCUCUCCCUCUCAAAGGAAGCUUCUGGUGGUGAGCGACGUAUUCAGACUGAGUCUUGUCUCCUCUAGCCCCGAAUCCCGGCUUGGCUACGCUGCACUCGCCAUCCUCCCUGGUGCUUAGGGCGGGGAAAGGCGCUUCUGUCAGGCCUUCUGACAGCUGCUGGGCUCUGCCGAAUGCACUCCGUCUCUUCCUGUCAACAGGACUCGCCCUCUAGUGCAGGCGUGGCAACCCUCCAGUUGUGCUGGCCUACAACUCGCCUGAUCUCUUACCGUGGGCUGUUCCAGCUCAGGCUGAUGGGAGUUGUAGGCCAGAACAUGUGGAAGGCCCUGAGUUGCCUGCCCCCCAGUGCCUCCUCUUGCUCUCAAGCAGAGCAGGCUCGUAACGGUCUCCUCCCCGCUGCACCGCCCUCAAAGUGGAAAAAAGUGUCCCUGCUACCCCCCCUGCUAAUCUUUACACUCAUUGAUAUCGAUCAAACUGUUCAGCUCUCAUCUUCUCCAAGCUGCCCCCUUUCUUUUUCUUCAUAGCCUAUGCUGAGGCCGUUUCAACCCCCUCUGGCCCUGGUUAUGGUGGCUGAGCUGUGACAUCCCUUCCCACCUAUGGUCACUCCACAAUGACUACCACCACCACCUCUCCCUCCUUUUCUGGGUGGUGGGGUUCUACUCUCUCAGUUGCAAUGGCCUUAACAUUCCACUGUCGGUGUGCCCCUUCCCCUCCGCGAGCGUGUGCCCUUUCCCAUGAGGUGGCAAGGGGGUGGGGUGGCGAGGCUGGGGGGGGACAUCUGCUGCCCAUCAUCCAGCAGACAUGAAUGGUGAGUGGAGUGGCGGGGUUACCUAAUCUCCGAUCUGGACAAGAGCAGCACUGGCUUUCGCCUGUGCUUUGGAGACUAUUAAAGAAACAAAAAGCUUUGCUUAAAUAA